UUUGAUCCAAAACAUAAUAGUGAGCCUUGAGGUUCUAGUCGUAAGGUCGGUUUUCCCAUGAAAAUCAUUUUUUCUGGGUGAGCGUUUUUAAUCAUCGCGGGCUUUCCUGAGUCAUACAAGUUGGGUCCUGACGACUCGCCGGCAACGACAGGAAACAAACGUCCUGCCUAAUACAUCAUCUCCAAGCUAUGGAUAGUGAUCAGUACUGUCUAAGAUGGAGUAAUUAUCAGAACAACAUGACAUCUGUGUUUCAACAACUGUUGGAAAAAGAGGCUUUCCUAGAUGUUACUUUGGCUUGCAGUUGCAGUAAUAUAUCUCUUAAGGCACAUAAGGUAGUUUUGUCUGCCAGUUCGACGUAUUUCCGAAAGUUGCUGCUAGAGAACCCCUGCCAUCACCCCACGAUCAUCAUGCCCCCCGACGUAGGCUUCCCCGACCUUAAGGCCAUUAUAGAAUUCGUCUAUAAGGGCGAGAUUGGCGUGGCACAGGGCGAUCUCCAGUCUCUGCUACGCACUGCCGACCAACUGAAAAUCAAAGGCCUCUGCGAUUCGAACGAAGAAACAGCCAAAACGACUACCUCAACUUCAUCGCCUCAUUUCUCUUCCAAGCAGAUCCAGGAAUCUUCCAGGAAGGAUUCCAGCACGAUACGCAACAACAGACAUCUUAAUUUAGACGACAAUAACUAUCGGCAGUACAAAUACAGACGCUUAGAAAAUCAAAAUACGGUAACGGAAGAAUCAAACUCCACAGACGGAAAAAACGAAGAAGAUAGACACCAAGAGACGCCUAAAAGUACCAAGGAUCCCAAUAACGACAAUGAGAUGCCUAUAGCCCUUGAUGAAAUCAGAAAAAGAGAUCAACUACUGCAAGGCAGACUUGACUUCAGGCAAGUCUUUCUACCAAACAUGAGCAGCAAUGGUGUCAUGGCAGGGCAGACUAUAUUUUCCACGUUCGAUUCGGACGAUUUUCCUCCUGAACCACCGGCUCCGUCUGCUGUACCAGUAGGUCACGUGGACAUGACUGACCACACUACCAUGCUGACCAAUGCGCCCAUACACAGGACAGAUUUGUCAGACUCUACGGGCAAAUACCAUUUGGAAAUCAAAGAAGAGCCUGAUAUAAAAUUUGAAACAUUGCGGUCGUUCGAUCAGGAUAGUCUCUUGGAAAUGGACUCGCACAUGAGCAGCGAACACUCAAUCGGAUCUCACGAAGAUUUAGCUGAAAUGCGCCACAGAACCAUGAUGCGUAGUGAUUUUACCCAAUUACGUAACAGAUUACAUAGCAGACUAGAUAUGAGUGACAGUAGCGAAAAUGGCGACAUCUCUAGCAUAAAAUCGGAAGGACACAGCGAAAGCUCGCACCAGAGUAGUCCAAGGCCUCAUAGUGGGGGUGGCCCAAAAACGUGGACUCAGGAAGACAUGGACAUGGCACUGGACGCUUUGAAAAACCACAACAUGAGUUUAACCAAAGCUCAGGCUUCCGCUACAUACGGCAUUCCAUCCACCACUCUUUGGCAACGGGCCCACAGACUAGGGAUCGACACGCCUAAGAAAGAAGGUCCUACGAAGUCUUGGACGGAAGAGAACCUUAAUAACGCCCUCGAUGCGCUGAGAACCGGUACUAUAUCGGCCAACAAGGCUAGCAAGGCUUAUGGGAUUCCCAGCAGUACGCUGUACAAGAUCGCUAGAAGGGAGGGGAUACGAUUGGCGGCUCCGUUUAAUGCAGCGCCUACGGCUUGGACGCCAGAAGAUUUAGAGAAAGCGCUAGAAUCGAUUAGAACAGGCCAGACAUCCGUCCAGAAAGCUUCCACAGAAUUUGGAAUACCCACUGGCACCCUUUAUGGGAGGUGCAAAAGGGAAGGCAUCGAAUUAUCUAGGUCUAAUCCUACCCCUUGGUCAGAAGAUUCAAUGGGAGAAGCACUAGAAGCAGUAAGGUUAGGUCACAUGUCUAUAAAUCAAGCAGCCAUCCAUUAUAAUUUGCCUUACUCCUCAUUGUAUGGAAGGUUCAAGCGAGGAAUAAAGUAUGACUCCGAUAAUAUAGAGGUUCAUCAAGAAAACAGCCAAGCUCAAAUGGACAUCCACGGCUUCGGCAGCGUGGAAUUCAACAACGGCCAACACCACCACAUCCAAUUCCACAACCAGCCCAACAGCUGAGACCCGAUCCUGGAUUUCGACUGUUUUUAGAACGAACCACACUUUCGGUUGCUUAUCCUUUCAUUGUUCGCCAAAAAUGAUUCGUUUUUGAAGAGGAAGCUCGGUAUAUAUGAGUUAGGAGAUUAAAGAAAAUGAAAAUUUUCAAUCAAAAUCCAUUUAUUUUGCCAUGAGAAAAGUAUAAAUAUCUAUAAUUUAUUUGUGGAUUUUUUUCAUGGAUAAAUCUAAUGCUUUUGGGCUGUUAAAGUAACUAAAUACGUAAAUUUUAGUGUAUAAAGGUUCUAAUUUAUUGAAAUAUAAACGAAUUAUCGUUUUAUUUUUCUACAGGGUGUUUCAUAAGUAAAUUAAAACACCUCUCUCGGUAUAAUACAGCUCUUAUAUUUUAAUACAGCGAAUCUUUAUGAAAAAAUAAAAUUAAAAUAAAAAUUUGCGCGCUUCCGAACUUUUUUUCGCCUAACAUCAUGUCUUCUGUCAUGUUUUUUUACUUAGCAAUCACCCUGUAUAUCAAUAAAACAAAACUUACCUACUUGUUUUUGAUUACCAUUAUAACAUGGAAACUCUCUCAAAUAUCUCUCAGGAAAACAAAUCUAUAAAACAGGACUAAAUGAUGUCAGAAACAAGACGAGAUACUUUUUCAGUGCCCUGUACAUAAUGCCAAACGAUUAAUAAGGUUAUAUUAUAGGAAAAUAAAUAAACUCUUACCAAUUUCUUUUUUGUUGUUGCUUAAAAGAGUUAAAGAAAUAUAUAUUGCAGCAUUGUGUACAGAAUGAUUUCAAAAGCCUUUUUAAAAUGAUACAUACAUUUAUUGAAGUGCAAUAUUUAUACAAAUCACUUUUAGAGAGUGGGAAAAUAAGAAAAUAACUAGUGUACAGAGAUAACAGUGUAAAUUGUAGCCUAAUUUACUGGAUCAAAUGCUUUAGAAAAAAAAAUGGUAAAAAUAAAAUUAAUGUUAUUUUGGGGCUAAAAUAAAAUAUCCUAUACAGACCUAAUAGUCAUCGUAAAUCAGUAGUCUGGAUUUCUAAAUGUGUAAGAAUACGAAUAUCCUAAUGAAAAAAA